CUUGUCAAGUUAGCUUCUUUAUACCAAAAAGCGGAUUUCAAACUAAAGUUUCCGCUUCACCCAAGCGGUUACUAUUAUUACAUAUAAGGGGCUUUAUUUUGAAAAUCUCAACCUGUUACCUGUUUGGUUAUAAUUCCUCUAAUAAAGAAAGCUGAGUUGCGAGGAGCCGCUAGCUAACGAAACAAAAACAUUAAAAGAAUUGGCGUCAUGUUGCGAGACUUGGCGCAUCCACGGGUUUAAUUCCACAAAAACAGCGAGAAAACAUGGCGCUUUGUUGUCACAGUCAGCCCAGCUGUGGUGGUAGACAGGCUCAGCAGCAGCACGGGGAUUUCCUCACUUGUUUUUGUAGGCGGGGAGUUGUUUGCCACUUUCACAAUCUGACGCCGAGAGGUUGAGUCGUGGAAUGUCAGAGGAAAAGCGUGCGACCCCGGGGUACUGCGGGUCGCCUUCGCGAUCAUUUUCUUUCGCCCGCACGUCUUUGUCAGAGCACAUUUUGAUGUAUCUUUUAAUGGUUUGGCCGGUUGUCAACUCAUGCGCUUUCUUGUCGCUGGUCAAACCUGCUGCUUCAUCACCUCGUUGUGUGUAAAGAAAAAAAAAAAAAAAAAAGGAGCAAGACGAUCGAGCCGAGCCAGCGGUUUAACGAGACCAGAACAACCAGCAGUACACGUGAACGCUGCUCUCGUGGCAUGACUACCCCAAACAAGGGAAACAAGGCCUUAAAGGUGAAGCGGGAGCCUGGGGAAAAUGGCACCAGCCUAACAGAUGAUGAGCUCGUCUCCAUGUCUGUACGUGAACUGAACCAGCAUUUACGGGGGCUGUCGAAAGAAGAGAUCCUGCAGCUGAAGCAGAGGCGGCGCACCCUGAAGAACCGCGGCUAUGCCGCAAGCUGCCGGGUGAAGCGUGUCACCCAGAAGGAGGAGCUGGAAAAGCAAAAGGCUCAGCUGCAGCAAGAGGUGGACAAGCUGGCCACGGAGAACGCCAGCAUGAAGGUGGAGCUGGACGCGCUGCGCUCAAAGUACGAGGCCCUCCAAAGCUUUGCCAGGACUGUGGCCCGCAACCCCGUCACUUCAGCGAGGGGACCGAUGGCCUCGGUGAUAGGGCCCCUCAUCCCUGGUAAAGUAGCCGCCACCAGCGUCAUCACCAUCGUCAAAUCCAAAACCGAGGCCAGGUCGUAGUAGCCGAACGAGCCGGAGGAAGACUUUCAAAGUUUAACUAGUCAGUGCAUUGUAACACGGAGCAGGAUUUCCUGUGUAAGUUCUCACUUUUACUUUGGCACUAACGCGUAAAAUGCUUCCCAGUUCGCUCUUUCCCAGUAUGACUCAGAGGUGUUUGCUCGUCAAAUCGUAGAGUGACAAAUGUUUGUUUUUUUUAAGACCGAGGGACGAAUUCUGAAGAAUUGACAUUUCUAGAGUCCCACAGGUGGUCACAACCCAUAAAACAAUAAACUAUAGAUGGGUCUCCUUUCUAAUUCCACAGCACAGACUGGAGAAACACAUCAGAUUAUGUACGGUUUGUUAUUCUGCACUGACUAAAACAUCAAUUGUCACACUUUUUGUUUUAUAACUACAUAAGUCUUCAAAGAAACCUGACCUACACAAAACUGUUGGGUUUCCUUUAAGGAUACAAAACUAUGAUUCAUUUUCAGUUCCUAAAUUCGUGAAAGGCUUCAGUGAAGUUGUCCUUUUAACAUGACUGGUAGAUGCAAUAAUAUGUGUAUGCACUGAAAACACACACACACACAAAAGGAUAUUGAGUAUUUCUGGUGACGUGAACAAUGAUCAGCAGUUCUCACAGAUAUUGUUCCAGAGCUGAGUGCCAUUCCAAUAGAACAAUAUCUGAAAACCUGAAUGUUAUUACAGUAAUACCCUCACACUUUGUGGGGACAAAUCUUUUGAGCCGUCAUUUUGAUCGUAGAAGAAAACGUCAUUUUCUUUCAAAGAUAAACAUGUUUUUUUUUUGUUUUUGUAUUUACUUGUUAACAGGGCCGUCAUAUAUUUCCAGAAAAAAGAAAAAAAACUGAAAAAAAAGUCUUAACACAAGCUUUACUGUUUGAAUUGUUAAGGUGUGAAAAACUUUGUCUAAUGUUGAGUUCCUGGUUUUUAUUACUUGGUAGAUUCAAUUCCAUUGUUUAUAGAAACGCAUCAUAAAAACAAAAGAAAAAAAAACAAAAAAAAUCCUGUGAAAUCUUUUUUGCAAUUGUACCAAAAGUGGCUUACUAUUGAAGUCUGAUAGCUUUUUCUAGUGACUAGGCGCGUACAGUGGGGUAGCGCGUGAUGUGACGUGUAAGUGACAAAGUUGGCGGUGUCGUUCACUGUAUAGAUGUCAAUGCUGUGCUAUUUUAAACAAAUCUGUAGAGCUAAACUAGGUGGUGUAAACAAGGUCAAUUGUCUUUGUGCGUAUUGGCAUCUGUGAUAUCCUCCGCUUCCUCGGUGUUAGUUACAAACCACGUUGUCAUUAAGAGUUUACGUCAUUGAGCAGUGCAAGACAGAUAUCGGUAAAAUAGCAUCAGUGAACAGGAAUGAAGACGUGAAGCUAAUAAUGGUGAAUAAUGGCUGCACCUGGUGAUGGAUCACUGUAACCGGAAAUGAAAAGAUUUCAUCAUUGUUCCAGCUCUGAAUUAAAUAGUGAUAAAGUGUUGAGAGUGGAUAUGUUUUUCACAAACGUUGCAUUUUCUUAUGAGAUCGCACAAAUCAUUUUUAAGAUUAGCCACUUGGGGCGGGUUUAGCCUCACCUCCAUAUCUUUGCCCAUUUCUCAAAGUUUUGUAUAUAUGCACUAAGCUCCUGCUUGUUUUGCUCAGGACAAAACAGGCCACUUAAAAUGGACAAACCAUUUUAGAUGAGAAGCGAAGUGGCAGGGAUGGCAGCUCUGUUUUCGCUCUAGUUUCUUCUUUUUCUCUUCUUUUCUUCCUUGUCAUAAAGGGCUUCGAUCCGCACGUAGAAAGAGACGCGGCACGGCGAUGUCGAAUUACAGUCGCGAGCAGCUGCCAGCAGCGCUUCCUCUGUGCCAAGUGUGGUAUCUCCCGGUCUUUGUAAGGGGAGUUUCACGCCGAGGCAGUCGCACACCUCAAGGUUUGAAAGCGGUUAUGUAACGACAUCAACACGAUGCACCUCAUCCAGGCUGGUCAGAGCGCGUCGUAGUGUCGGGAGAGACGUUUACCCGCGGUCACUCUCAAAUCCUCCGUCUCAGCAAACCUCCAUGCCAGAGAUCUGGGUGCUGGUUAUAUACUGUCUGUGUGCAGGUUUCUUGUCCUGACUUUGUCAACAUGCUUAGCUAUCUGCAGUGACUGGUUAACUGUGGGGGGAAAUACAUACGUGACUCUUGACAUAGCUCAGUAUUGAUAUUGGCGUCCUUAUUGCUGUGGCAGUCUUGUAGAGUGACUCUUUUUUUUAAAGUAUAUAUUUUAAUUAUUAUUUUUUUUCAUGUCGAGUGUCUUUUAAGGUGUUGAAGUGGCACUGUUGACCAAUCUUUGAAUCUCGUCUCGAGAUGGUGACUCUUUAUCACACAUACUGGUGUAUAGUAUGUAGCUGCAGUAGGUAUUGAUGACCAUUGUGAAAAAUAAAGUGACCCUUAAUAUGCAACUCAGUGGAAAUGCGUGAAAGAGACGUAUAAAGUUAAACAGUAUUGUCCAAGUUGUGAGAAUAUGUUUAAAUGUUGUUACUGUUUUAUUUAAAUUUUUAACUUUUAGUUGUGAAAUGUGUUUUAUUUGUUCAGAUUUUUGCUUCAAUAAGUAAAAAAAAAAGGCAUUUGGCCCUUGUUUAUUUAUUUUCUGUGGUAAUUUAAAGGAACCACAACACAGCUGCACUGAAGCCUUAUUGGAUGAGUCUUACUGAUUUAAAAAUUGGACGUGGAUAUUAACUGAAAGAUACUGCUGGUAUAGAGAUGUUUGUGCACUAAGUGGAUGACAGAUUCUGUCACAAGGGCCUCAUGCAAUAUUUAUUUCAUCUUUGGGAUACGUGUGUACGUGAUUGUUGGAGUGUGGUUCCUCUGCUGCUACAUCAGUCAUUAAUGCUCACUGUUUGCUGUUGCGUCCUCCACGGCACUUCUGUUCUCAUUCCGUGGUGUGUUUUUAAUUGAUCUUAACACUGUAAUUUGUUCUGCAGAUUUAAUGUUUAAUUGGACAUAGCUUCUUUUAAAAAAAAAAAAACUGUUAGAGAGGAUAAUAACAGCACUUGUGUGGCAGUUGAAUUUAAUAGCUCUCAAAACGUAAGCUUUUUUUAUUAUUAUUUUUUGUGGAAUUAUUCUUUGUAAACGGUUGACUGUGCAGGUUUUUUCCUCUUACUCUGUGGAGUGGGUUUUGUGUUUUAAAAGGAAUCUAAAACUGACUAAAGUGAGUAAUACAACGGUAAUAAUAUGUUUUUGUUAUAUUUCUGUAUGGGUUGUAAUAAAAUAUUGCAGUACUUUGUAUGAAAACAGACAAUAGGUAAUUGUAACUAUUUAUAAAUUAAAUUAUUGUACUUUUUUGCAAUCUGUAGAUAAGCACUAUGUAUUCAUAAACAGUAUCAGCUGUGGAUUUAAAUGUGAUUCUUUGAGGUGUCUAAGUUAUUGAUGUAUAUAUUGUAUGUUUGUUGAUACAGCUUACUUUAUUUUCUAUAAGAUCAAUAAAAUGUUUUGGAAAAUGA